AUGAUUCGCGAAACUAAGAAGCUCGUCUCUGCGAAAGACCGCAACGUCGAAGCUAGCUUAAACGAGGCUGAUAAUGUAAGGAAUUUCCAAUUUGAUAGUACAAAAUUACCGCUCAAGGUCAAACAGCUCGUGAUCUAUUGCGAUUUAUCUCGCUCCGAGGAGACAGACGACAAGAAAAAUUAUUAUGACAAUGAUGUCAACCAGGCUCUUGUCAAAAGCGAGUGUAUCGCAGCCUGCCAAGGCUGGAAACCUCCUACCUUGGCUUACACUAUUGUCUGGACGAAAGAUCAUGAAGCCUCUCAGAUUCAGCUCUGCUUAUGGAUGCUUGAAUGGGCUAAGAAGAUCAAGGGAUUGAUAGACGCCAAAUACCUUAAUAAAAAGGCAAGGACUAUCGAGUUUCUCGCCAAUUGGGCUGUUGGCCACAAUAUUGUACUAUCAACCACUGAUCUCGAGUCGAUUCUGGACAAAGUCAUACUACACGAGAUGACGCAUACUGUCGUUGGGGGCACCUCUAGGGAUAUUGACGAAGGGUCCUUGUUGAAAAUCAGAUAUCGAUGGAAAAGGUGCCGAAACUUGGCUAAAGAAGGCCACGCGUCCAGGACCAGACAAGGACAGCAAAAUGCGGAUAGCACCGCCCUUGCUGCAUUCGUAAAUUUUGCCCUCGGGAGUAUUUGCGUCGUCUAUCUAAACCUUUCAACAGCCAUCAAGCUUUCCGAAGAGGGAAUUCAAGUGCAUGAGGACGGUUCCCUUACCAAGCCCUCAUAA